CACAACUGAUUUUUCCAUAUUGUCUUUGUAUCUUGUAACUAUACUGAAUUUAUUAGUUCUAACAAUUUUGGUGGAAUCUUGAGGAUUUUCUAUAUAUAAUAUAUCAUCUGCAAACAGAAACAGUUUUUCUUCUUCUUUUCUAACUUUAAUGCCUUUAUAUCCUUUUUUUUGCCUAAUUGUGUUGGCUAGGACUUCCAGUAUUGUGUUAAAUAGAACUGGCAAGAAUGGGCAUCUUUGCCUUGUUCCUGAUUAGUUUAUUUCUUAGUUUAUUUUUUAUUUCGUGCAUGCAUGCUCACACACCCUUCUCACGUAAUGGAAUUUUGAUUGACACUCUAAAUCAAUUGGAGAGGAAACAAGGCCUUUAGAACACUGAAUCCUCUAAUUGACAAUCCUCUAUGGUUUAGAUCUUAGUAAUGUUAUGUUAUUAAUGUUAUAAAACUAUAAAGUUUUCACUUUCUUGCUGUGGCUCCCAGAGGCCUCGGGCUGAGAAUGACCCUUAGGGGGAAGGACAAAGAGAAAAAGAGAGGAGAGGUGCAGGGGAGAGGAGUGCAGGGCCUCUGGCGUGAGUCUCCGGGCCAAGCCCAGCCUGGGAUUGUGGCACCAGUGGUCUUCCGAAGAUGGACUGCCUGGGGGACAGAUGGCCAACAGUUUGGCCCACAGCAGGCGUUGCCCAGGAGGCGACACCGGUUGGCUGGUGGAACUCUUCCACUGCGGGCAAGCAGCCUCAGCUUCAGCCUGUGUAUGUGCCUGUGCCUGAUGGAACCACCCAGAAAAGGAAACAGGAUGAGGAGGAAGAAAGUGCAUCCCAGACUGAAAGGCCACUUGUGCACGAACCUGCAAAGAAAGUGAAAGUAAAGAAGAAACUUUCUGAUGCAGACAAAAAGUUGGCCAACAGAGAAAAUGCUCUCGCAAGUACUGAUUUCAAAGAAGAAACUCACCAGAAAGAAGGGCAAAAUAGGAAAAUUUCUCAGUCUGGUAUUAAAGUAGCAGAUGAAAAGGUACUUGAUGAAGUAGAUCACCCAGCUGUCAAUCAAAGGAAGAAAAUUCAAAUCAAUCAAGAAGAAGAAAAGUUAAAGAAUGAGAGAACUGUAUUUGUGGGGAACUUGACUGUCACAUGUAAUAAGAAGAAGCCGAAGUCAUUUUGUAAAGAGUAUGGACCAAUAGAAUCUGUACGAUUUCAUUAUGUGAUUCCAGCAGAGGCAACUAUGUCCAAAAAGUUGGCCGCCAUAAAAUGUAAAAUUCAUCCUGAUCAGAAAAAUAUUAAUGCUUAUGUUGUAUUUAAGGAUGAAGAAGCUGCUACAAAGCAUUGAACAGAAAUAGGGCCCAAAAUGCCAACAGAUUCUAUAAUCGAGUUGGUCUAGCAUUGGAGACCUCAUCUAGGUAGGGACAAGCGGUCAGUGCUGGAGGGGUCUUCUGUAGAAAGCUGAACAGUCUUCGGCUGAGAACCACUUCGUGGACUGUGGGAACAUGGUGGUAGCAGUAAGGACCGUGAGAGACCAGCUGACCAGGUGUUAACAGAGGGUUUGGCUGUGGGCUCUUCAAGCACAUCUUGCUGUGAAAUUAAACAAUUUUGAACUGAUGGGAAGAAAACUUAGAAUCAUGUGUUCUGUUAAUAAAGAAAGAUCAAAACAAAAUUCAAAUCCCAAUUUGAAGAAUGUCAGUAAACCUAAGUAGCAAUUUAAUUUUGCUUCAAAAACGUACGACAUUUCAAAAGUUUAAUUAUUUGAGAAAAAGCUGUUCUUGUCAAGGUAGAAAAGUGGACAAACUAAGAAACAGAAAAAAACAGAAGCGGCGAUCUGAAGCUUUGUGUUUUCCUACUGAGUACUGGUACUACAAAUGUGAAUCACCGCCCCCAUAGUUUUGUGGGGUUUUUAGCUAUAAGGUUUUCCAUGUAGAGGACUUACACAACAUUUUGUUAGAUUUAUUCCUAGGUAUUUAAUGUUUUGACGGUAUUAUAAUUGGUAUUUUAAAUUUUUAUUUGUUAUUGUUUCUGUGGAUAUAAAACCAACUUUCAUGUAUUGCUCUCGCACAAUAUCAAGUGACCUUGUUCUAUUGAUUACAUGAGUGUGUAUGUGGAUUGUUCGGCGCACGGUCAUGUUGUCCACACGUGAUGAGUGUUGUUUGUUCCUCAACCCUUAGAAACAGUUCUGUCUUUUUGCGCCAGCCAGACCUUCAACAGAGUGUUGGAUAGAAGUGGGGAUUGAGGGUGUAGUUGUCUUAUUCCUCAUCUCAGAGGGGAGGUUUUAGUGAUUGUGCCCACACAUGUCAUUCAUGUAUUUAGUCCCUACCCUCCUUGCUCAGACCCCCACCUGUUCAGAGUUCAGUACCCCCUUUCUAGCAGUUUUAAGACACAUAGAAUGCUAGUCAGAUGACAUUCAAAGUAACAGGUUGUCUUCUCAUGUAAUAUGGAACUGUUAUCUGAAAAAUAAAGGACUCUCCAAGUCAGGGAAAGUGACAGCACCUGUAGUUGGUCUGCUUACGGGCUGGCAGAGGGGAGGGAGAGAGGGAAAUCUGGGCAUGGCUGCCAUUACCGCUGUGUCCUCCCUUACAGACAUCAGGGGCCACUGAGCCACUGAGCGCAGGGCUCACUUAGUACGCUUCUGAGAGUGGCUGCCCGUGAGAACUGUCUGGCUGAGUGAGGUGUGCACAUCUCCACUGUCCUCAGUGGAGGGCCCUUCCUGGCUGCAUUGUGGAUGCAUUUUUGCAGUUUGCUGGCCAUCUGUUAGGGAUGCUCCUGCACCCGCUCAGUCCCAAGGCCUGAGACAGGAUGGGCAGAGAGGAGGGGCAGCCCCAGGGGAAGGACGGCAGGCCUUAGUGCUGCCACAGGCGUGAGCCAUGCAGGUGCGUUUUACUCCACCCUGCUGGUGCUUUCCUGAGAACUCAGCCCUAGCUGCCUCUUUAAAUCAAGACGGGUUUUCCCAUUGCUUUCCAUUGGGAAGACUUACUCCUCUGGAAGAAAGUCCUUAGCUCCAAUGUUGUACCUCAUUUGUACAGAAUUCUUUUUAAAGUCAUAAUUAUAGAGAAAAAGGCAAAAUUUAAGAUCAUAUAACAUUAUGUAAGAAUAUUAUUUAUUUCACAAUUUUUUUCCU